AUGGCUGACCUUCAAGGCCGCAAAGUCUUCAAGGUCUUCAAUCAAGACUUCAUUGUCGACGAGCGAUACAACGUAACAAAGGAGCUGGGGCAGGGAGCUUAUGGCAUAGUGUGCGCGGCCACCAACAACCAUACCGGUGAAGGUGUCGCAAUCAAGAAAGUCACCAAUGUUUUCAGCAAGAAGAUCCUUGCAAAGCGGGCUUUGCGUGAGAUCAAGCUUCUACAGCACUUCCGAGGUCACCGCAAUAUAACAUGCCUCUACGAUAUGGACAUCCCUCGGCCGGACAACUUCAAUGAGACGUAUCUCUAUGAAGAACUUAUGGAGUGUGAUCUGGCAGCAAUCAUCAGAUCUGGCCAACCUCUGACCGAUGCCCAUUUUCAGUCUUUUAUCUAUCAAAUCCUGUGCGGCUUGAAGUACAUUCACUCAGCGAACGUCCUCCACCGAGAUCUUAAGCCAGGCAACUUGUUGGUCAACGCAGACUGUGAGCUGAAGAUCUGUGACUUUGGUCUUGCAAGAGGCUUUUCCAUGGAUCCAGAAGAGAACGCAGGCUACAUGACCGAAUACGUCGCCACAAGAUGGUAUCGGGCACCGGAAAUCAUGUUGAGCUUUCAAAGUUAUACUAAAGCAAUCGAUGUCUGGUCUAUUGGCUGCAUUCUUGCCGAGCUGCUGGGUGGCCGACCUUUCUUCAAAGGAAGAGAUUACGUGGACCAGCUGAACCAAAUUCUCCACUAUCUCGGAACUCCGAACGAAGAAACACUGUCACGGAUUGGAUCGCCUCGAGCACAAGAGUAUGUCCGCAAUCUACCUUACAUGCCCAAAGUGCCCUUCCUGCGGCUCUUCUCGAACGCCAACCCCGAUGCUUUGGAUUUAUUGGAUAAGAUGCUGGCUUUCGAUCCAUCCGCUCGAAUCUCUGUCGAGGAAGCGCUUGAGCACCGCUACUUGCAUAUCUGGCACGAUGCCUCGGAUGAGCCCUCCUGUGCAACGACGUUCGACUUCCACUUUGAAGUCGUAGAGGAUGUGCCUGAGAUGAGGAAAAUGAUCCUUGCCGAAGUGGCUCGAUUCAGACAGCAAGUGCGCGUACAGCAACCGCAGCAGCAAAUGAGUGGGCAGAUCAAUGUGCCUAUUCCCGAAAACGCCAAUCAAUGGUCUCAUGAGGACCCAAGGCCUCAGGAAGCAGCACACUCACAGCAAAUGCAUGGCAUGGAACUUGAACAGGAGCUGCAAGGAGGACUGGACGCGAUGCACUAG